UUUUUCCCUUAAACAAAUAUCCAAGCAAGCCGUCGAACUCAGCCGUCGAACUCAGCCCUGCGUCGCCGUCGAACUCAAGCGUUGCUCAGCCCUGCGUCGCUGUCUUCGCCAGUCUGGGUUCUCGCCUCAUCUCCCCCAUCCCGUUCUGUUCUCGCGCGGCCUCAUCUCCCCCAUCCCGUUCUGUUCUCGCGCGGCCUGUUCUAGGGGGUUCAGCAUCCCCCCGUCGUGUCGUGGUUCCGGUGGUUGCUCGGCGUCGUGGUUCCGGUGGUUUCGCUAUGGUUUGUUCAAUUUUUAUUUUCGUUUUUUAUUUUCGUUUACAGAUUAGGGUUCAAUUUUCGUUUUUGAUUUUCGUUUUGAUUAUUGUUUUUUAUUUUCGUUUUUGAUUUUCGUUUUGAUUUUCAUUUUCAAUUUUCGUUUGUUCAACUUUUAUUUUUAUUUUGAUUUUUUUGGCUGUUUUUCAAUUAUUUCUUUAAUUUGCAGUUAAUUGUGAAGAUGGGUAGAUACGCAUAUGGUUGAAGAGAGGGGCGAUGAUCGUACUGCCAGCAUAAUCUAUCAUCGUGCUUGUUCGAAUUUCAACAAUUGCAUAAGAUGACUUGAGAUCUCCGAGUCAGAAAUUUUCAGAAGCUUUCGGUGAUUUGUGUCUUUUCAGAAGUUCUCAGAAUCGGAAAAUAACGCACGUAUUUACUUUUGGAACAACAUAGGUACGAUGAAUGAAAACCAAAUUGUUGUUAGGCAUGAAUCAGAAGGUGGCAAGACUCCCACAACGGGUGACGAAUCACAAGAUGUUAGUACGAUUACAAAGACCAUUAAAGGCCGUGGUCCGUCAAAAGGUGUUAAAGUCGCUAAGCCUAUGUUCCUUGAGUAUAAUGUAUAUAAUGUCCCCGAUGGACAAUGGUCUCAUGAAUAUGGGAAGCAAGUUGGGAGUUGUGCUACUAGAAUUAAUAUUAACGUCCCAUUAUAUCCAAAGGUAGAUGAGCAAACCAAGAAGGGGUUUUGGGAGGAGACUAAGCUUAUGUUCCACAUUACUGAUGAUUCUAAUCAUUCGAGGGAGAAAUAUUUUCAUUCUUGUGUGGCGAAACGAUUUAGUUGUUUCAAGAGCAAGUUGGUGCGCCGAUGGAUAACUAUGAAGGAAAAGAAGCCAAAAAAUCAAACAAACAAGAUGCCUUGGGAUGUCUACAACCAUAUCACAGAGGAUGAUUGGAAAACUUUUGUUAAACAUUAUUUCCUGCCAGAGUCAUUGCUUCGUAGUGAAAAGGCGAGGAAAAGUGCAUCAUGCAACAAGAACCCACAUCGCACCGGCCAAAAGGGUUAUAAUAGAAAGCGACUAGAUUGGAUAAAAGAUGGACGACUUCCACCAGAUGCAACUUUCCCUAUCUCGAGUAGCUCCUCGGUGAACUCAUCAGUGACCUCAAAUGUUAAUAGAGUUAGAAAAUACAGAUCAAAGGAGUGGAUUUUGGCCCAUCAAGUACAAAAUAAAGAGGGAAAGUGGGAAAUUGACCCGAACGAUACAGAAGUUGUUGAAAUCGCAACAAAAGCUUUAGAGUACAUCGCAGAAGAGGAAAAAGGAAAUCUUUCUUUCGAACAGGGUGAGGAUGCCCUCACUAAAGCUAUAGGGAAAAAAGAUCAUCGUGGGCGUGUCAAGGGAACAGGUGGCAUGGUUGGUAUCAAAAAGGCUUUCGGUCCGUGUAUUCGACAUAGUAGAAGUGACCAUGGUGAAGCUUCAUCAGAAAAUUACGAAUCAAUCAGAGCUUCUGUGAAAAAGGAGUUUGAAGGUGAAUUAGAGAAAAGGGUAGAGAAAAGGGUGGCAGAGGCCCUCCAAAAGCAACUAAGCACCUUGUUAAAAACAGGACAACUAAACUCCAUUUCUACCCCGAUACUUGAUGACUUCCACUUAAAUGAUUCUGCCAGAGUUGACCUUGAUGUUAGUGCUACAAGAACCACUCUUGACAUUUACUUAAUAAUCUGUAUCACUUACAAAGUUGCAUUGAAACCUUUGUUUAUGAAGGAAAGGACUCCAUGUCGUCUUGCCCUUGAGGAUAAAGUUUCAGGCAACAACAUUGUCGUGGCGGAUGGUAUGGUACAACCCUCAGAUGGUGCAUUGCCCCAACAUUUUACAUCGAUGAAGCCUGGUCACUAUAAAGUCCAAGUUGAUUUUGUUUACGACGGACAUGUUGAUGAUAUUCUUUCGGUACCUACGGGAGAUGGUUUCACUAACUUAGGCGGUGCUCUGGGUAGUUUUGUGCAAUGGCCCAUACACUUAGUGAUUUUCGAAGACGGCGAGGAUUGUACUUCACCUCCUAAAAAGAAGUCCAAGUCUAAUGUUUCUAAAGAGAGGGAUGGUAGCUCCAAGAAAAAGACAACGGUAUUAGCGGCCCAAAAGAAGACAACAGACUUAGCAUCCAAGGAAUUUUCGCAUCCAAAGAAGUCGAAUUCUAAGCCUAAGUCCAACUUAGAGGUCGUGGGUAGUUGUGAUCGUAAAACACAAGAAUCAACCACCAAAAGCAAGAAAGCGGGACUUGUACACGAUGCAAUUCAAGGUCUUGGCCCGUCAUGCAAAUACUUGUAGUUUAUCAUGACUUCGGCGCCUGAUGAUAUAUAUGAUAAUACUACCAUCCCAUUGGCGGCCUCAGUUUGGCACUCGGAUUUUGAUCAAGAAACAUACAUAACUGCGUCUGAUAUAGGAGAGUUCCUUCGCGGGGCGUGCUUAAACAUUUCAGCGAUCCAAGUCUACAUAUUGUGUUUAUUGCACGAUCAUGCCAAAUCAUUUGAAAUGUCUCGGAUUUCGUUCAUUUGUCCCGAGAUUAUGUCAAGCACUAGAAUCAAGGCCGACCCUGGAGCGCCAACAAUGUAUUUGAAAAACAUUUUCCAAGCUGAAAUUGAAAAGGAGAAGAUGGGUAAUCCUAACCUAACUAAUUGGUUUUUAAUCCCAUAUAAUCAAGAAAAUCAUUGGAAUUUAUACGUGAUGGACCUACGUAGAGGUUAUGUAUAUAUUUUCGAUUCUGCUAGAGAUCCACGUCGAACAGAUUAUGCAUGGGGAAUCUUGAGUUUG